AUGUCAGGCUGGAUGACUGGAAUCAGAAAACUUGCUGAUAACCUUGGGGUUUCAGAAUCACAUCAAAAUCAAGAAAUUGAUGAUUUGAGGAGGCAGCUUUCUCACUCUGAAGAAAAAUACAUGAAAUUAAAAGAAGAAUAUAGUCAGCUGCUUUUUAAGCUGCAAAAUUCUGGGCAAGGCAAUGCUUUAGAAUCAUUAGAAUUGGCCUAUAAAAGACUCCAAAAACAAAUUAACGAGCUAAAUGUUUUAGUAUCUUUUGAAAGAAGCUCUAUGUAUAAAGAAUUCGAGAAAAAAGAGCUGGAAAUUCUAAAGAAGCAUGAAGAAUGCGAAAUUAGGCAAAGGCAGCUUGAUAUGGAAAAUGAAAAGAUUAAAGAAAAAUAUAUGAUGCUUGGACUAAGUGAAGAGAACUUACUCCAACCCCCUUCGUGAGUGAACAAAAAAAUUGUGUUCACUCAUUAUAAAAAUUUUUGUUUUCGAAUUUAAAAAAAAUCCUAAUUCGCAAAAAUUGGAAAGCAAAUAUUAAUUUAAUUUAUAGCAUUUAUGUUUUAAAAAGCAAUUCGUUUAAAAUUAAACAGAAUUAGCUCUAGAUUUCAUUAUAAUAAUUAUCAUUUAUAUCAAAUUUUUUUCCAUAAAAAAUUUUUCUAUUAAAAAAUUUUUGUUCACUCACGGAGGGUGGUUUUUUGGGCAAAAAUUAGGGGAUUUUUCUAAUGGUUUGUUCACUCACGGAGGGGGAGUUAGAGUAAAAAUUAUAUAGAAACUCAGAACUGAUUAAGAGAAAUAUUGAGCUGCAGCUGCAAUUAGAUGAAGCAAAUGAAAAAAUUAGGAAAAUUUCUAAUGAAAAUACAAAUUUGAAGGUAAAAAUAACACAGAUUUCAGUCUCGAAUAUGAAAAAUAAAAUAAUUGAUGAAGUGAAGCCGAAUUUAAUAAGAAUUUCUGUGGAUGUAAAAAAUUUAAGAAGAGAGGCAAGUGAAGAAUUGAGGAUUUUUGGGGAGUAUUUUACCUCUCAGAUGAAUAGAGUCGCAACGGAAGCUAAGUUUCUUCAAGACUCUCUGCAAGAAGCAGAAAAUUCAAAAAAGCAAAACCAAUACUUGUCAAGAUCACUUACAAAGCCUGAAGAAAGAACUUUAGAAAACCAACCAAAGCGAUUUUUCAAUCAAUUUCCAAAGAAAAAAACUCCAGUUGCACAGAAGACAGAAGAUAUUGAUUUAGAAGAGAUAUUAGGAAGCUCAAUACCAAAAUCCAUGUUUUUAAGUUUAAGUUUAAUAGAAUUACUCUGGCUAAAUGUCUGAAAGUCCCCUUCACUUGAAGUUCAGCUAAAUUAAUAACUCUGAACAACGGUAGUUGAACCGGCCUAACCGUCGAACUGUUAAAGUUAAUAAGCCGAUUAAGACUUCUCUAGUCGGUGCCAGCCUCAGCACCAACCUUUCUCUUCAAGCCGGGACUCUCAAGAAGUUUGACUUCUCUCACUAAGCUCGGUUUAUAGGUCCAUCCUGUUUGUGUCAGGAGCUAGGACCUAUCCCUAACUGACAUUUUUAAUAUUGUGUUCCAUCCAUGUCUUAA